AGACUGGUUGUGUUGUUGAUACUGUAUAUUAUAUACAUUUUACUCAACUGCUUUACCCACUCCAGUUAGCAGAUGGCGAUGUGUCUUUCAGGCCAUGCUGCUAGUGUGACGUAUAAUCUAGUCGACGGGACGCUUCCUGAAAAACUGAAGCCACCUCCGUAGCUCGCUAGCCAACGAAGUCGGCACAUCCAAGCUCUUUAGACAAUUUCGUUGUUUAUAUGCCGCUAUGUUUUAAACACACUUAUAUUCGUAAAAAAAACCCCACUCAGUUACCCCAUUUCAUUUCAUAUUGACGUUGUUAGUCAGCUAGCUGGCUGGUUAAGUUAGCAAUAGUCUAGUCGCUAAUGCUAACUAGCUAGCUAACAUCCCCGACAAUGAGCUCACUAAGCUGCUCCCCCCCUGCUAAAGAAGAGGUGGUCUGCUGGACGGAGAAAGGAACUCUCUUAAAAGAGGAGGAAGAGGAGGCUGUUACCGUCAAAAAAGACGCAGAGUGUCAGGCUGUUACAGUGAAAGAAAAAGAGGAAGAAGCUUACAGAGUGAAAGAAGAGGAGGAUGAUAUUACUGUGAAAGAAGAGGAUGGAGUUUUUGGGGUGGAAGAGGGGGAGAUGACUGUCACAGUGAAAGAAGAGGAAGACUGUUUUGGCGUGACUGAGAUGUCUGUCACAGUGAAAGAAGAGGAAGACUGUUUUGGCGUGAAGGAGAUGUAUGUCGCAGUGAAAGAAGAGGAAGACUGUUUUGGCAUGAAGGAGAUGUCUGUCACAGUGAAAGAAGAGGAAGACUGUUUUGGCGUGAAGGAGAUGUCUGUCACAGUGAACGAAGAGGAAGACUGUUUUGGCGUGAAGGAGAUGUCUGUCACAGUGAAAGAAGAGGAAGACUGUUUUGGCCUGAAGGAGAUGUCUGUCACAGUGAAAGAAGAGGAAGACUGUUUUGGCGUGAAGGAGAUGUCUGUCGCAGUGAAAGAAGAGGAAGACUGUUUUGGCGUGAAGGAGAUGUCUGUCACAGUGAAAGAAGAGGAAGACUGUUUUGGCGUGAAGGAGAUGUCUGUCGCAGUGAAAGAAGAGGAAGACUGUUUUGGCCUGAAGGAGAUGUCUGUCGCAGUGAAAGAAGAGGAAGACUGUUUUGGCCUGAAGGAGAUGACUGUCACAUUGGAAGAAGAGGAAGAGCAGGCUGGAGAUCUGAUGAACACCGGUACAUACAAUGUGGAGAGCUGUGAAAGCCUGUCUGCAGAAGAAGAGGUCCCAGUGAAUGUCCCGAGAGCCUGUCUGCAGAUGAAGAGAUCCCAGUGAAUGUCCCAAGAGCCUGUCUGCAGAUGAAUAGGAUCCCAGUGAAUGUCCCAAGAGCCUGUCUGCAGAUGAAGAGGAUCCCAGUGAAUGUCCCAAUAGCCUGUUUGCAGAUGAAGAGGAUCCCAGUGAAUGUCCCAAGAGCCUGUCUGCAGAUAAAGAGGAUCCCAGUGAAUGUCCCAAGAGCCUGUUUGCAGAUGAAGAGGAUCCCAGUGAAUGUCCCAAGAGCCUGUCUGCAGAUGAAGAGGAUCCCAGUGAAAGUCCCAAGAGCCUGUCUGCCACAUCCUUGUAAACCAUGUGUUUUAUGUGUACUUAUGUUAACACAUGUUGUACGUAACAAUACAGUUUAAAGUCACACACAAUGUAGACUACAAACAUAUUUACAAUCCUUCUCCUGGAGGUAUGCUGGGUGUGCAGGCUUCUGUUCCAGCCCUGCACUAAGACACCUGAUUCAACUUAUACAACCUAAUGAGUUGAUUAAUAAUGUGUAUUAUUGCUGGGCUGGAACAAAAGCCUGCUCACCCAGUAGACCAGGGGGUGGAGUGAGGUUGGCCACCUCUGGAAUUGAUUUUUUUUGUUCACCUGAAAUUGUGCUUCGGUAAUGAUAGCCUACUUACUAAAAUGUCUAACAUUUACAAACCAUUUCGAUUAUUUGUACAUUUUGAAAUUAUAUUUUGAUUCAUUCAAUGUUGAUUCAUUGAAGUGAAGUAUUUGAAAUUGAUUUAAUUUUUUUUACUUAAAAACAUUAUUCAAAAUGAACCAAUGUCCAUUCAUCACAGAUCACACUUCUGCAA